AGGCGGGGCGGGAAAUAGCAACAGCAACCUCAGGAGGCGGGUUGGAGGCGGCCAAGAUGGGGGCUCAUCUGGCUCGGCGGUAUUUAUGGGACGCGGAGGUGGAGCCGGACCCGCUCAAGAUGCCCACCUUCGACCCCCACUACGGCUUCCGCGAGGAGCGCAAGGAACGCGUGAUGAUAGCAACACAGCAGCAGAUGAAUGAUGCUCAGCUUCCUCUUGACCUGCGAGACUAUUGUGCACACUACUUCCUUAAGUUGGCGAAGUGCAAACGUGACAAAUUUCCAAAUAUCUUUGGGUGCAAACAUGAGCGUCAUGACUGGGAUUACUGUGAGCACCUGGACUAUGUCAUGCGCAUGAAAGAAUUUGAACGGGAGAGGCGCUUGCUGGCUCGGAAGAAGCGCAUUGAACAAAAGGCAAAAAAGGCGGAGGCGGCAGCAGCAGCAGCAUCUUAACUGGCUUUGGUGUGCUUCCUGGCUUCUUCAACAAGAGGCUUACAGAAUCCACUAGGUCUGUUACGUUGAAAACAAUAAAGACAUUAUCCUAUGGUUCUGUCUAAAACAAUCACUGUGCAGUUCCUGAGAUGAAAUGGAUAGCAGUUGAAUAUUUAGAGCUAAUGAAGCCUUCUUAGCCUUCAAGAAGCCUCUCAUAGUCAAAAAUCCCCACCCCUGCCCCUUACGUCUCUUCUGUAGUUGCUAUUUUAAAGGAAGGGGUGGUGAUGUCCCUUUUGUGGGUUGCUGCAAGUAUUAACUAGUACUGUAUUAAAGUGCAGAGACAGACGAAGACAAAAUACCAACCAUUACAUGUUUUAGCUGCCAGUCUUGACUGUGCACACAGCUGUUUUCACUUGUCACUCUUUUCCUGAAUGCAGUUGGGAGGGGAUAGGUCUCCACUGCAUAAACCUUGUUCAUUUUUGCCUAGUAAUGACGACUUCUUUUAGGUGUCUUGUUCCACAUACAGUCAUAAGGAGCUACUGCUCCUCCAGUGUGACAGGAGGUAGGCAGGCAUCAAAGGGAGCCAGUAUCUGUGGGGCAGGGUGUGAAUUUACCUACACCUGGGAGGAGCUAGAGCCAACCUAGAGAAGUCAGACUUUGUGGCACCAAAACUAUCAAACUUUCUGUUAGGUCAGCCUUCCCCAUCCAGCUGCUGCACUCCAAAUAUUUUGAACUACAACUAUCCCAAGCCAUUUGCCAUUCUAUCAGCUGGGAGUUGUAGUCCAAGGCAACUAAAAUAAUAAUAAUAAUUUAUUAUUUAUACCCUGCUCAUCUGGCCGGGUUCCCCCAGCCACUCUGGGCGGCUUCCAACAAAACAUUAAAAUACAGAAAUUCAUCAAACAUUAAAAGCUUCCCUAAACAGGGCUGCCUUGAGAUGCCUUCUAAAGGUCUGGUGAUUGUUGUUCUCUUUUACCUCUGGUGGGAGGGCAUUCCACAGGGUGGGUACCCUGUAACUUGGCUUCUCGUAGCGAGGGAACCACCAGAAGGCCCUCGGCGCUGGACCACAGUGUCCGGGCAGAACGAUGGGGGUGGAGACGCUCCUUCAGAUAUACUGGACCGAGGCCAUUUAGGGCUUUAAAGGUCAACACCAACACUUUGAAUUGUGCUCGGAAACGUACUGGGAGCCAAUGUAGGUCUUUCAGGACCGGUGUUAUGUGGUCUUGGCGGCGCUCCCAGUCACCAGUCUAGCUGCCGCAUUCUGGAUUAAUUGUAGUUUCCGGGUCACCUUCAAAGGUAGCCCCACAUAGAGCGCAUUGCAGUAGUCCAAGCGAGAGAUAACUAGAGCAUGCACCACUCUGGCGAGACAGUCUGCAGGCAAGUAGGGUCUCAGCCUGCGUACCAGAUGGAGCUGGUAAACAGCCGCCCUGGACACAGAAUUGACCUGUGCCUCCAUGGACAGCUGUGAGUCCAAAAUGACUCCCAAGCUGCGCACCUGGUCCUUCAGGGGCACAGUUACCCCAUUCAGGACCAGGGAGUCCUCCACACCUGCCCGCCUCCUGUCCCCCACAAACAGUACUUCUGUCUUGUCAGGAUUCAAUCUCAAUCUGUUAGCUGCCAUCCAUCCUCCAACCGCCUCCAGACACUCACACAGGACCUUCACCACCUUCACUGGUUCUGAUUUGGAAGAGGGGUAGAGUUGGGUAUCAUCCGCAUACUGAUGAACACCCAGUCCAAACCUUCUCCCAGCGGCUGCAUAUAGAUGUUAAAAAGUAUGGGGGAGAGGACAGAACCCUGAGGCACCCCACAAGUGAGAGCCCAGGGGUCUGAACACUCAUCCCCCACCACCACUUUCUGAACACGGCCCAGGAGGAAGGAACGGAACCACUGUAUGACAGUGCACCUAGCUCCCAAGCCCUCUAGACGGUCCAGAAGGAUGUUAUGGUCGAUUGUGUCAAAAGCCGCUGAGAGAUCCAGCAGAACUAGGAAACAGCUCUCACCUUUGUCCCUAGCCCACCAGAGAUCAUCAACCAGUGCAACCAAGGCAGUUUGUCCCAUUAUGAGGCCUGAAUCCCGACUGGAAGGGAUCCAAAUGGUCCGCUUCUUCCAGGCAUGCCUGGAGUUGUUCAGCAACCACUCGCUCAAUCACCUUGCCCAGGAAUGGAAGAUUUGAGACUGGGCGAUAGUUGGCCAUAUUGGCCGCAUCUAAAGAUGGUUUUUUAAAUAAGCGGUUUAAUAACCGCCUUUUUCAGUGGGUCUGGGAAGGCUCCCUCACAGAGAGAAGCAUUCACCAACCCGCGAAGCCCAUCGCCCAGCCCUUCCCGGCUAGCUUUUAUAAGCCAGGAUGGGCAAGGGUCAAGGAGACAGGUGGUUGGUUUCACUUGUCCAAGCAGCCUGUCCACAUCCUCAGAGGUAACAGAUUGGAAUUGAUCCCACACAACUUUAGACAGGACUCUAGCACUCCCCCGCCCCGGCCCUGUUCCCACGGUGGAGUCUACCUCUUCCCAAAUCUGAGCAACUUUAUCUGCAAAAAAACUUUGCAAAAUCAUUGCAGGAGAUCAUGUGGCCCGUACUGGGCCCGGAUGGAGCAGGUGGUUCCGCUAAAUUGCGAACCACCUGAAAGAGUCUCCUGCUGUUUUCCGCAGAUGCAAUAGAGGCGGAGAAGAAAGUUGUUAGGCUCGACGCUGAGCUCUAACCCGUGUCCGGUCAGCUUCAGAAUGAGUUAUUCGCCACCGGCGCUCUAGCCGUCUCAGCGAUCGUUUCAUUGCCCUCAGAUCCGUGGAGAACCACGGGGCUGUCCGGGCUCCAUGCAAUCUGAGAGGGCGCUUUGGAGCCAAGCAGUCAAUAGCCCUGGUUAACUCCACAUUCCAGCGGGCCACCAGGGAAUUGGCUGAAAGGCCAUCAACAUGGGAUAAAGCAUCCCCUACCACUCUCUGGAAACCAUUUGGAUCCAUUAGGUGGCGGGUAGGUGGCGGGGGCGGACCAUCCGAAUCGGUCCCACCUCCCUGCAGAGGGGAAGAGUCGCGGAGAAGUCCAGUUGCACCACAACUUUGCAGACACAAAGUUAAGGUUCAGGCUAUAUUAUGUUCUGGUUGAAAUGUGGAUAGAGUUUCCUCUGGCUCAGCUGAAGUACAGGUGGGAAAUCUAAUCCUCCAAAUGUGGCUAGACUCCAGUAAUUCCUAUCUGUUAUCGAACAAACUUCUGUAGGACCACAGGCAUCCUAUAACUGCAGCUUAUGACCCUCACCCUGGCUGGGGAAAUGAGAAAGAUGACUGCCCCAAAAGCCACACUUCCAAUGCCACCUGCUUAAUGUAGGAAUCUACACUAUAAUAUACAUUGCCCUCUGGUAUCUUAGUGUAGAUUUAGCAAACAGAAUUGUGAACAAGUUCUCAACUUUGUUGUUGUUGCGGAAACAACACUUUGGGAGCUCUAAAUUGUAAUAAGCUUUCAAAAUACAACUCUCUUUUCCAAGUAGCUAAGAAUUUACAGAGUAGAAACUUAUUUCUCCCACAAAAUCCUAUGUUUCUAGUGUCCUUAGACAAAAUGAACUUUGCCCCAAUUUGAGAAAAUACUUGCAUAUUUUCACCUUAAUCUCAAAUAGUGUUUAAUGUUUAGUAAAGUAAUACUAAAUAAAACUACAGUGGUACCUCGGGUUAAGAACUUAAUUUGUUCUGGAGGUCCGUUCUUAACCUGAAACUAUUCGUAACCUGAGGUACCACUUUAGCUAAUGAGGCCUCACGCUGCUACCGCGCAAUAUCUGUUCUCAUCCUGAUGCAAAGUUCUUAACCUGAGGUACUAUUUCUGGGUUAGCGGAGUCUGUAACCUAAAGCGUCUGUAACCCGAGGUACCACUGUAUAUACUGUACUGUUUGUGUGUGGCCUGAUAAACCUUUUUUUUUUUAAGGAUUAGAUAUGUUCAUGGACGAUCCAGGAACACUGGCUGGCCCCAGUUGCUGAAACGGCACCUGUUAACAGAUGCUAGAGGCAAGAAAGCAGGGGUGAUCAAUAUGCUUGUGAGCUUCCAAAAUCACAUUGCUGAUUUUUUUUCUGACCCAGCAAGCCAACUGACUAUUGAACUAAAUGCGAUGCUCAAGUAGUGAAUACACUUUCUAGAAAUUCCUUUGGUUAAUUUAUAAUUCCAGCCCUUUGGCCUAUAUUGAAUUUUAUCAAGUUGUAGGAGUGCAGUUGCCAUUUCAAGGUUGGCUUCUGAUUUUAAACAUCUUGUCUCCUUUGGGGGCAGGAUAAUCCAAUAUGAUUUGAAGCUCUGUUCUUCCUUUUUGCUAGGCUGCCUUGCACACAACCCUCCUGUGGGUGACUCAAGGUUCCAUUCCUUUUGCAUUCAAUUCCAUGGAACUCUACAAAGAAACACCUACUACAGUCCAGGGGAUGGAUUAGUUUUAUUUGUGUAAAUCCAAGAAGGAAGAUAGUUCCAUAUGAAACAGACCAUAACAAGUCAAUGGCUCAUUUUAACAGCUGCCAUGGAGCCUAGCAGGUUUCCAGGAUCUCACUGCUCACAUGCAGCAUAAACUAAGACUAUUGCAAACUUUCAACCUGAUCCUAGGCAUGUUUACUUGGAAGUAAGUUCCACUGAGUUGAAUGGGGCUUGCUUCCAAAUAAGUGUACGUAGAAUUGCAAACUUAGUGACAUUAAGACUAAACAGGAAAGGAGAAGUAAGUUCCUCUCAGGGAGGCUGUCAAAAUUUCUGUAACAUUGAAUUUCCCCCAAAGAAAGAUUACAAGCCUUUCCUUCCUUCUUUAGGGACUACAAAUAGCUACAAGGUAUUAAAGUAUUUCCCGUCCCCAAAUAACUUCAGUGCAGCUGUAGGUAUAGUUUUCCCUUGCAGAAGGUUCCAAAAGCAGCUCUGAUACCACUUACACAAAACAAACAGGAGUGGGCCUAAAGUCCAGGGGAAAAUUGUAGCAUGACUGAGAACAAGAUAAUGUAACAGCCUUGUUUUUCAUACCCUCAUCUCAAGGCUCUGCCAGCUGUACAAGGUAAAACCUACCAUCCCAAACAGUUCAUGCUUAGCAUAUUGGGUGAGGAAGGAGGUGCUGGCUUGCACUGUAGAUGGUACUAAAGUGCUACAGCUGCUCCCCAGUCACACCUUCUAUAGCAGCACUUUCUGCAAACACUUCCCCACAGCACCUUGCUACCUGCCGUGUGUCUAGAAUUAACAUAAUCCUCUCUGCAUUGGAAGAGAAGAACACACUUAAUUUGGCUGCUCAGAGAAUACUUAUCAGCCUCUAGGAACCGGCACUUAUUUUUUGAGCAAGAGGGUGUGUAAGAGAUGAAGACAGCCUCACCUGCAUCAGUCUCAUGCCCUUCAGAAUGGUACUACUAGCUUUUAGAAUGGGGAAGCAUCCCAGAAAAAGCCCAGAAGAUUUAUGCUAUGCCAGUAUUUGGCACUUGAGGGCUCACUUAGUCAAGGAGAAUGCACAAAGCUGAACUAGGAGACUUAACUCCUAAAUUAUAUUGAUGAACCAUAGAGCUGAGGAGACCUCUCCUAAGCACUAU